AUGUACGCUAAUCACGACGAAGCAACGAAAUGCAUUGCCAUUGCAAAGGCUGCACUCGCAAGGGACGACGUGGCUAAGGCUGUCAAGUUCCUUAUGAAAGCCGAAUCUAUGUUUCCUACGGAAGAAGCUAAGACCUUGCUGGCAUUAUGCAAGAGGAAAGCUCAAUCGGCCUCUCGCUCAACGCCAUCGCCACCGUCUAGUGAAGCUAGCGCAGGUCGGACCGCGCCUACUUCGGACUCUCGCGAGGCUGCUGAAGGUGCCAGGGCAACUGCGAGAACCGCAGCGUUGAAUAGGGAGUGUCAGCAAAUAUUGAGUUACAAGAGCUACUACGAUGUGCUCGGUGUGUCGAGAGACGCUAAUGCCGAUGAUAUCAAACGUGCAUACAAGAAGUUGGCAUUGAAGUAUCACCCUGAUAAGAACCCUGCUAAGCGCGCUGGAGAGGCUUUUAAUAAGAUAUCCGACGCUUUCCAAUGUCUUAGUGAUCCUGAUAGCCGAAGUCACUAUGACCGUUUCGGCAGUGAACGUGGGACGACAACUCAUCAGACUGGUUUCCAUAGGCAUCAGCCUAACACUUUUAUGACUCCGGAAGCACUAUUUGAAGCAUUGUUUGGGAUGUCUAUGCAUGGCCAGCGACAGUUCCAUCGCAACGAUUACCAACACCACCAUCACCAACACUCACAUCAGCGCCAGCAUCAAAGGAGUUCGGCUUAUCGCCGCUCUACUACGUCAAGCCCUUCUGCAUCACCUCGCAGGCAUACAACAUAUACACCAGGCGCUGCCAACCCUCAAAUCGGUGUGUCCUUUGCGUAUGUAGUCCCUCUACUUGUUAUGCUCUUUUUGAUGUUGUUGACUGGAUUUUUCAACCGUGACACACCAGUGUACCAGUUUACACGCAGCUCACACCACAAUCGCAUGAUAUCCACUCGAUUGAACGGUGUUGUGUACUACGUGGAUGGUAAUACGUUCGAUCGGCAAUUUCCUGAGAAUUCAACAGCGCGGGUACAAAUGGAGUAUGAGGUAGAUUAUAACUACUUCCACCAGAAAUGUCAACGGGACAAACACGAUAAUAACAAGAAGGCCUAUGAUUAUAUAUCUAGGAUGAAGGCCCCGCCCAAGGAGCUGCACGAAAUACCCGUGAGCUGCAGGACACGUGACCAAUUGCGCGAAGCAUACGUGGCAUAUAUUAACAGGCGUACAGUGCCCGGUUGA